AUAUAUGUACACAGUAAUAUAAUCUCUAAGCUCCUCAUGUUGCUACAUUUGUAAACUUCAAUAUUUCAUUACUGCUACAAAUCUAUGUACGGUUCCAGUUGACUAUGGUAGCUUCCUUGCUUUCUGUUCUUGUCUUACCAGUCUGAGCUAAAGUUUUAUUUAUUAAAUUGUGAUGCAAUGUUGCAUCAAUGCUGGACUUCGGCAUUUGAAUUUUACGUGCACUCUGGUUUUUAUGUUGUUUACUGUCCAUCUUUCUCCUAAUCAAUAAAAUGCUUUGAUUACUAUUGACAUUAUGUGAACUUCGAUUUAUAUGUUGUUUAUUAUCCAUAUUUGGCCCUAUCCAUGAAAUUAUUUGAUUCAUGUUCAUAUAAUACUUAGAAGAAUGUUAUGUAAGCCUCAAAUUCUCUAAUUUGAGUUGCUAUCCAGUUUAACACAUUAAUUCAACUGUCUAAAUGUAUCGUUUAAAAAAACUCGCGCAAAGCGCGAGCAAGUUACUAGUAAUAAAUGCAUGAAAUGAAUGGCCAGGUUUACCACUCUAGUUUCGCUGAUGAUAAUGGGAUCACAAAAGCUUGCAGCUGUCCUUUGCUUCCACUGAAAACUCAUAUCAAGGGCCCGGCACCAGCCUCUGACCCUGAUAAAGCGGACAUUGUUGAUGAAGCCAUAACUUUCUUUCGAGCCAAUGUUUUCUUCAAAAAUUUCCAUGUGAAAAGCUCAGCAGACAAGUUAUUGAUCUAUCUGACGUUUUAUAUCAAUAUUGCCUUAAAAAGACUAGAAGGUUGCCGGACACUAGCUGUUGGGACUAAAGCAAUCAUUAAUUUGGGAUUGGAGAAAGUUCCUGUACCUAGGGAACCAGGGUUUCCUUUCCCUGGACUUUUCACUCUUCCCCAGUCCCAGGAGGAAGCAGAAUUGUUGAGGAAUUAUUUGAAGCAGAUAAGGGAGGAAACAAGUGGAAGAUUGCUCAACUGUGCAUACAGAGCUAAUGGCUUUCCAAACAAGUGGUGGUUGGCUUUUGCUAAGAGGAAGUUCAUGAACAUUGUCAUCCUUUAGACUUGGGCUUUUUGUACCAACUGUUUCAAGCUGUUUUUCACUCAUGAUCGUGUGAAGUAUCCACACACAACAAAGAUAGUUAUCCUACAUCCCAAAGUAACAAGCCAAAGACUUCGAUGAUAGGAUAGAUGAAUGACAUAAGAUAAAUUAUUUGUUCCCAAUUUGCGAUGUAUAACCGUGGGAACAGUAAUUAUCAUGUUGUAUUGCCUUUUGUAAUUCUCACCCUGCUAUAUCAGAGAGACGAAACCUGAUACAGGGUAUAUUCUACAAUGAUGU